CCGCCUUCAAUUCUCAGACACCGAAGGGGGAAGAGAUAACGUUACCGGGAAUUAAGACGAUUUUUCGGACGUUUUCCCACCCCUAAACAAAUACCGAAAGGGGUCUUCACUCAGAUCCUAAACCAGAAAACAUGGUCGUAGUCACAGCAGGGACCGGAGGAGCCCAUAAAGUCCUCCUGAUAUCGGGGAAACAGAACCGCUCUAUUUCUGUCAUGAUACCGAGCCAAGCGUCUUCAGACUCCGACUCCACCGUCUCCGGAGCACCGCUGCGCAAGCGGCAGAGACUCACACAUCUGAGUCCAGAGGAAAAAGCGCUGAGAAGGAAACUGAAGAACAGAGUUGCUGCACAGACAGCAAGAGACAGAAAAAAGGCCAAAAUGGGCGAGUUGGAGCAGCAAGUCUUGGAGUUGGAGCUCGAGAAUCAGAAGCUUCACUUCGAGAACAGGCUGUUGCGAGACAAGACGGGCGAUCUGCUCAGUGAGAAUGAGGAACUAAGACAGAGACUGGGGUUGGAUACUCUGGAAGAGAAAGAAAAGGUCCAGGUACUGGAGUCCGUGGUGAGCGAUUUGGGUUUGGUGACCGGGUCUUCUGAGUCCGCAGCACUCAGGCUACGUGUCUCCGCAGCAGGUGCAGGCCCAGCAGUCCCCGAAUCCCAAGACUUCUCCAUGGAUACUCACAGCCCUGGCCCUUCAGACUCUGAGUCUGAUCUCUUGCUUGGUAUUCUGGACAUCCUUGACCCAGAGCUGUUCCUCAAGACGGAGCUCCCAGAAGCACAGGAACCCCAGCCAGAGCUUGUGCUGGAUGGAUGUGCAGGAGAGCAAGUACCUGCCUCCCCACCUGCGGCUUUGGGGCCCGCACCAGUUAAGCUGGAGGCCCUUAAUGAACUGAUCCACUUUGACCACAUCUACACCAAACCCGCCGAGGUGGUGAGCGAGGAGAGCAUUUGCGAAGUCAAAAGCGAGGAUUCCGUCGCCUUCUCCGAGCUCGAUGAAGAAAUCGAGGUGGAAAUCCAAACGGUGUCGGUUAAAGAUGAGCCAGAGGAAGUGGUCAUCCCUGCAGAAGAUCGGAGUCCGGACGCGGUUGAUGAUUUCCUCUCCGACGCCUCUUCCUUCAGCGGCUACGAGAAGGCUUCGAAUCUGACGGAUGCGUACAGUGACUCUGGAUACGAGAGAUCUCCUUCCCCCUUCAGUAAUAUUUCAUCCCCCCUCUGCUCUGAGGGCUCUUGGGAGGACAUGUUUGCGACUGAACUCUUCCCCCAACUGAUCAGUGUCUGAAGGUUGCAUACAAAACCCAAUUGAAAAUAUGCCUGCCUUUGCUCUUUUAUUGUAAGUGAUUGAUUGCCGUGCGCUUCAUAGUGAUAGUACAUCAGUAGCAUGUAACUCCUCUUGCAGUUUAGACCAAAGGCAUUGCUUUAAGGCUUCUGUUGUAGUAAUAAUAACGCACAGGACUUGCCGAGACUCUGUACAGUUGAAGUGCAACUCAGUAUUUUUGUCGGGGAAGGGGUUGGGGGGGAUAAUUGUUUUAAAACUAGAUCUAUUUAUUUGUAUAUCUCUCUUUUCCAGAGUUUUCUGUAACGUAAUCCGUCUGCUUAACGAACUUAAUUUUAUUGUAAAUGCUCUCCUUAAUCAUACUGCAUUAAAAAAAAUCUGCAUUGCA